AUUUGGAUAAAAUCCGCCAGUGUUUGCACUUCACUUCACGACGGGUCAAUUCUAAUGGCGGCGUCGUUGAGCGGUACAAACCUGGUGCCGCUGUGUACGAUCUCCGAGGGAUCCGAUGGCCGCGACCUCCGCCUCCACGAUGUCGGCGUGGACGUUCUCCAUGGAACGAAGAUUUCGUCGCGGAAAGUAGCGCUCGUGGGCGUGCUCUACGUGCCCGAGGACGAGAAGGACGGCGCUUCAACCGAGCGUGGCCUGUUCCUGAGCUCCAGCGCUGUGUCGGUGCCAGAACAGGACGCCAGUAUGCUGCUACUGGUGCUGCGCGGCGUAUCGCUAGUUGAAGAACCAUUCUGGGGCUCACUGCUGCUUGUACUGAGCUCACACGUCGUAGUGGCCAAGACCGGGCCCAUAUCCAACUCCAGUUUCCAGACCGCGCUGCCAUUCCUAUCGACCUUUGCUCAGCUACAAGUAGGUGAAACAGCAGUUGAUGCAGACAGGAAUGCGGCGCUGCUUAAGGAGCUGACACCGCGCUUUACGUGGGGAGCAGUGGAUCUCAAGAUCAAGGACAUGAAUGGGUGCGACUCAGCCUCAACCUACUUCGAGCAGCAGCUGGCCUCGGGAUCCACAGACGCCCAACUGCUGCUGAGUGCUUUGGUCCCCACGAGAGACUGCGUGGUACUUAAAUCCAACUCGUUCCAGGCCCGUGAAGAGCCGCACACAUCACCUAAGCUGCUGACGCACGUGGCCGACCGAUUGGAGUGCAAAUCCUUAUUCGGUCGUUAUUUGAACGGAUCACUUUUGGUGCGACUAAUGAGAUCAUUGACACAUGCAAUGGCAACUCCAGACGGAGCUCCAGUGGUGCUACAACGUGUUGUGACGAACGUACUCGCUGCCCAUUGGCAGGACCUAGUACAACGGGCCUUCAAGUCGUACUGCGACCUGAUGCACGCGCGACUGGCAGUAUACGAGCGAGCUCCUAUCACGGCAGAGUAUCUAGUGGAUGUUACAGAGCGGAAACUGAAGGCUAAUCAGUCGCAGAGCAACCAGCACUCGGCUGUCGUGGACGCUGGACAGGGAGAUUACUCGGUUUUCGACGAGUUUGGUAAUUUAAAGAAGCAGCAAGCGGCUGAUGAUGAAGGAGGAAACAGUGCGAUCACAUCUACGACUCCAGCACCACUGAACACAGGGCUGUUCAGCUUCUUGAAGAACAGAGCUGGCCGUGCUCUUAGCAAACAACUCUCACGCUUCCCUACGAACCGGUGGAGUACCUCGAUUAGAGGUGGAGGGCAAGUAACCACUCAAGGGGACAAUGGAGGACUUGGUGGUAUCCUAGAGGAUGCUGAGGCUGCAGAGGCUGAAUUACAUGGAGAAUCUAACGCGACACAGGCACCUGAUCUACUUCUAGCACGAUGUACCGCUAGCAUCACGCGCUACACGGUUCCCAUGGAAUACCUAAACACACCCAGUGAGGCGAUGCCCGUUAAUACAGCAGUGCUGGACACAGUGUACGCAGAAGGUUUGGAAGAAGUGAAUGCGUUAUUGAAACCAUUCCUCGUGAAUCUGCGUGGUCCGUCACCUUCAAACCCAGAGCUUGCCUGCUCACUGGACUUCCAUGUUGGAAGGAAGAACUUGUGGGCGAAAUUAGGGCGCGUGCGAAGGCGUUUCGAACGCGCGAAUGAAGUAUCCUCGGCUAUCUUUUGUGGCGAGUUGCUUCGUUAUCUCCACUCAGUUGUGCUCAGCAAGAACGAGACGGAUACGGAGGCUCAGCAGCAGCAACAACUACGAGGUCGUGCUGUUUCUUCGAUCAUGCUCGUUGACAAGAAGAGUGGAAAUGCCCCCGUCGCGCUGACACGAGUGCCGUUGGAGCUGCUGACGUACAAGAACAACCUCGAGGCGAUGGUGUCGCAGUACAACUUCGUAGCGCGUGGCCCUCAGGCUGCUACUGUUCUUGCAGGCUUUUUGAGUGGGCCUGUCCGCAGCCAACUGGAGUACUUGACGCAGCAAGAAUAUGACCGCUUUUCGGCAGCCUGUGAGGAAAAAGAACGUCGUAUUGCGGAAUUGGAGGACUCACUUGAGGAUAAGGAGCGUCAAGUUAAGCACAUCACAAAGGCAAACGCGGAGUGGGGCCGCCAAGAACAUGAGGCUGUUGCUCAGAUCGAGCAGACGCAUGCAGAGCAAGUGAGCUCGCUUCAGGGUGCAAUUCGCAGCACUGAGACCCAGAUCGCAAACGCAUUAGCCGAGCAACAGGCGCUUUAUCAGAGCACCAUGCAGGCUACGAGACGCACGAUUGACACAGUGGACAAGGUAGCAGACAAGGGUCGUGUGGUGUCUGGGUACCUGGAGCGAUACGAGAAGGGUCACGUUUUCUCUUCGCGAUGGCGUCAAUACUUCUAUGUACUCAAGCACGCAACGCUCACGUGCUACAAGUCAAAGAGUGCGUAUGAGGAGCGUGGACCUCCUUUCGAACGCCCAAUUAGCAUCAGCGGCUACAGUGUUGUGCGGAGCCGUACCGAUGAACUUAAGAUCAAGCUGAUCCCUCCUGAAGCGGGUCAUCAAAAACUCCGCUUUCGAGCACCUGCUAGUGUUGGCCGUGAAACGUGGAUGAAGCGAUUCACAGAGGCCACACAGUACACCAGUCAAUAAAAUUGCUCCGGUCCACAGUAAAACGAAUUGUAGCGACGCAUAACCGUUGCGUGAAAAUCAAUAGUAGCUUGUGAUGCGUGCUAUGUCAAUCGCAGCGGUUUACCCAGCGAAGAAAGGAAAUCGUCAGACUCUUGAGUAUCCUUGUCGCUUCUUUGAGUCUUCGUGACUGGUAUGCGUUCGAACGAGAAGCAUGAACGCACGGGUCCUUCAAAGAAGAAGUCGUGCACAAGAGCCUGCCACACCGAGAGCGAUGUUAGAAAGAAGGACUUUGUCAAUAUCUUCGUUUCUUGUCACCUUUCGAGCUGAGAGUCUUUUGUUCGGAUCGAGCACGAGCAGUUUGGACAACAAAUCCACAGCAGAAGCUUCAGCAUCAGGAAAGAGCUUGCUAAGCGGCAUGGGUUCGUAUACAGGGAACGACACUUUGUCAAAGUCUGGAAGCUCUCUCACACCUGGCCACUGCUGCUCGAUGUCGCCUAGCACUUGAAUAACUCGGAAGACCUGGUCAAGGUCGUUCUGUCCGGCAAACAACGGGGUGGGGUGGAGUAACUCGGCGAAUACUGUGCCCACAGCCCACAUAUCCACGGCUGUUUCAUAAUGCCGCGAACCGAACAGCAACUCAGGUGCACGAUACCAGCGGGUAGCCACUUGAUGAGAAUACGAACGUCCUUGCUGUCCCGUGAAAACCGUGGCUAGACCGAAAUCGCUGAGUUUGAGCACUCCAUCAGCACUUAAGAGCAAGUUCCCCGGCUUUAUGUCUCGGUGUAUUAUAUUGUGCUCAUGGCAACAAGCAACCCCAUGCAGCAGCAUUCGCAGAAGACCACGGACAUCAGUAGGAUGCAGCGGUUCUUUUCGAUUUCGCACUGCUCUAAGGAGGUCAGUAGGCAUAUACUCGAGCACUAGAGCAAUGUAGCUACCAUCAGGCACCACAUCCAGCAGCUUGACGAUCUAACACCGAUAAAGUCGUUAGCUAAAUCAAGAUGCCGUACGAAAUAUCAUUAUUCGUACAUUGGGAUGCUGGAGUUGGCGCAUGGCCUCGAUCUCCUGGAACUGUGCUGCCGGUACGACAGAAAGCUGACCGUCAUCACUCACUCUUAAUCGCUUGAUGGCUCGGAUCUCGCCCGUCUCCAAGUCUUUAGCGCGAUGCACCUCCCCAAAGGCUCCAUUCCCGAUCUUCUCCAGCAGUUCAUAACGACUCGCAAGCAUAUUAAAGCGGCCUGAUGUGACGAUUCGGAAGAUAUGAUAUUUUUAUGAUUGACAAGACAUUGAUAAAGCAUAAGCGACCUCAAUUAUCAUUCCUGCAUCCUCAAAAGAGAACUUGUAGAAUUUCGUCUGAAUGCCAUCCAGCUUAAAUGACUAGAAAGUAAAGAAAAAAAAAGAAUACAAUGCCAACG